CCAAACGAAUUCAAAGGAUCUUCUAAAGAAGUACAAGACGGUUCUCUACUAUCAUUGUGCAACAGGUUAAAACUCUGUUUGGUUGGCAAAUAAAAAUGAAUCUACUUCACGGUUUGUUUUCGGUGCUAUUUAUCGUUGAAUUUUCGGAACUUCAAGGAAAACAUGGCUUUUUCUCGCAAGCUCUUCUUAAGGGCGAAGUGAUUGAAAACAUGUCACAGGCAAAGUUUGUAGCUGGAAUCCAUGCUCCCGCAAACCAUCCAAAUGAUCCCAAUGGAAAAAUUACGAAUAUUUGUACCGCAUUUAUUCUGUCGAAAACGGAAAUUAUUACGAAUGCCCAUUGUGUGGAUGACGCUCCAUAUGUUUAUGUGGUAGCUGGUACGAAAGAUGUAUUAGAUGCAAACCAGAAAAUUAAAAUCAAAGUCAAAAAAGAGAACAUUGCAUAUCACCCUUAUUAUAGUCAUUUAAUUGAUGUCGCAUUUGAUAUUGCCAAAAUUACACUGAAAACGCCGUUAAAAUUCAGCGAUACCGUUGGUAGUAUCGAACUCGUGGAUAAGAAUUACAAAUUAAAUAACCCAUCAGAAGUGGUCACCGUAUAUGGGUAUGGUGUGUUGAACAACACCGGACCAAUGAUACUGAGGCGUUGUGAUGCGAAAUAUAUAUCUGAUGCCAACGCAUCUAAACUAAGUCAGACUUUGUACUUUACAACUGGUGAAGCUGCGAAUGAUGGCGAAAUUCUUACUCACGGCGAUUCCGGUGGACCAGUUGUUUCAAAAAGAAAUGGCAAAAUAGUGGGGAUAGCAAUGGGUGGAACAGCAGAUGGUCGCGGAGCGUUCCUUCCAAUUACUCUAUUUCUUGAUUUUAUUCGUGACCCAAAGAGCGUGAAACCAAUACCACCUCAGCUUACACCUAACGAAGCUAAAUUUAUAGCCGAUAUAACGGUACCGGGAAAUGAAAGCAUGGGAACUCCCUUUACGUUUGGAGGUCCAAUUAUUUCGAAAAAGAAUAACAAACUCGUGGGCAUGACCAUAUAUCGUUUUCUUGAUAAACCGGUUAUUUUUCAACCGAUUGCACCGUUGCUUGAUUGGAUCCGGAAGCCAAAGUUAUAUGAUUAUCUGAAAUAA